GCGUUGCCAGAGGCAAAACGAUAUAACUUCCAUCUCCAACUGGCCCCCACACAUAACAAAAGGCUGGAAAAAAUUGUAAAUUAAGACGAAAUUCCCGAACAUUUUCCUGUCAGACGAGACAGCAAUAAGCGCACAGCAUUCGCUGCGGAACAAUACCCAGAAGUUGUGGAAUCUAUAAUGGCUACCCCCCAGUCGCCGACGCCCAUGUUCAAUGGCCUGGACGAGGAUCUGUACAGCGAGGCAAAGUUCGCCCACGAAAUCAAUGACAAGAUGCGGGUACCGAAACGCAUCAAAGCCACCGGAGAGUACUCGGACGAGGACCUUUUGCUGUCCAACCAGAACGGGCUUAUCAGCUCGUGGAACUACCAUGACAAGAUUGAUAUGAAUGUGCCGGACAGGAUCGUCGUGCUGGGCCACAAUCAGCACCUUGAGACGCGCUCAGCGCCGCGAGAAAUCCAGCUGGAGAACUCCAUUCUGCCCAAGAAUCCCUCCUCGGGAUUGGUGCGCGUCCAGACCCCACCGCGUGUCAUCACCCUCACCGAUCAUCAUUUCCCUUCGGCCUCCGAAGAGAAUUCGCCUAUUCACGCCAACGGGCGACAUCUCUACCUAGACGAGGAGGACGAUGACGAGGCUGGACAUCCAGCCACCCACUAUGUUAGAGCCAAUGGAGCCGCUCGUAUGGGCUUCCAUGCCAACGAUACCCACUCGGUGGAGUCGGAUUCGCAGUUGACCACGGGCAGCGCCAGCAAGCGCUCGCAGCUGAAUCUCCAGCAGCAGCAUUACAACAACCUGGACUCAUCCAUACUGUCUCAGCGCGAGGGCACACCCAUGGGCGAGCUGACGCCCCACGAGGAGAUCCUCUAUCUGCGCCGGCAGCUGGCCAAGCUCAAUCGCCGGGUGCUCAACAUCGAGAUCAACAAUGAGCAGCGAACGCAGCGCGAGAAAAUCGUCUACUGCCUGGGACUGGCCUACUUUGUGCUAAAGACAAUAUUCUGGCUGAAUCGCAACUAAAUGAGAUCUUGAAAUGGUGCCACCAACUUCACCAUCUACCACUCAUCCCACACCCAAUAUUGGACACCCUUUCCGGAACAGCUUCUUUAGUUUCACGACUUCUUGUUUCUUUUGUGGAAAAAAGGCUCUGAGAGAGACUUUGUUUUUUGUUUGCCAUAACUAUGUAGUUUAAGCUCUCCUCUCGGUAAUAAAUAAGCACAACACCUUUCUGUUUGUACACCGAUGAUAACCAAAAACAAGGCCCACGCCCCCAAAACUUAAUUUUUAAGAUUAUCGAUCUGGCACCUACUUAGCAAGCAAUGUAGAUCUAAAUUUAAGCUUUAAUCUCUGCAGCCCACAAUUCUGUUCUGAGUCGAGAUAUUGUUUUAAAAGAAGGGUUGUGUUUUGUGUUUCUUUUUUAGAUCUGUUUAUUUUUAUAGAACAACUGGAUAAUCCCAAAGUGAAAACGAGAACUCUAAUGGUAUUUGUAUGCGAUAAUCCCAUACGAUAAAUAGUUAAAUAUAAUACAUGUAGACCUAACCCACAUAUAAGAAUUACCAGAAGCUGAGGAAAUCCCUUAGACCUUAUUGAAUUCGUAAUAUUAAAAAAUAAAUUGUUUAAAGUA